CCAUAGCAGCCGUAUUGUGUGAUUUAUUUUCUAUGAUACACCAGAUCUGUUAGAUUUUUGGAUUUAUUUGGCUGGUUUUAAGUGUGUCUACCUGUGGGAAAAGGCAGUCGGUCCGUCAAGGACUAGCCGUUGUUUUCGUAAACAAACAUGGCUUCGAAGUGUCAGAAAUUUCAGCCGAACAUUUUUAAUAAGCUGAAAUGUCAGAGCUGCUUCGGAGCGAAGGAUAUCCACUCUGCUGAAGCUCUGGAGAAUAACAAGGAUGAGGGUGACUUGGAUGGAAGUAUUAAAACCAGUCAUGUUGGUUGGGUGGAUCAGUUCUGUUCAUUAGUGCUGGACUCAUUCAGUAGUAAGACAGAGCCACCGGCAACCAGAAAGAUUUCGAAGUGUGGAUAUUUAUUUGUGUCACCAGAUUUCGACUUCAGCAACCCAGUUGAUAGGAGCAAGCGAUGGCAAAGACGGUUUUUUCGACUGUUUGAUGAUGGAGAGCUCAAUUUUUCAGUGGACGAAGAUCCGGACACUAUCCCACAGGGUGCAGUGGAUAUGAAUAAGUGCACAGAAGUGGGAGAUGCUGAGAAAAAGACAACCCAUACCAACUCUCUCUACAUCAUCACCCCCAACAAAACCCACUACAUCAAAGGGGGCUCCAAGGAGGAGAUUAUGUGGUGGCAAGAAGUUCUUUCUGUGUUUCCACGGUCAUUACCAAAACCUAAAAAUCGUCGUUUCACCAUGCCCAUCUUUAGCAAUAAAGACAAGGAAAAUGUCCAGCCUCUGACUACAGACUCUAACAGGAAGUUACCAAGUGUGAGUAGUCUAACAGAUGGAGAUAUUCCUACUGUCAAUAACCGUUUUGAAGUUGAGAAGGUCAAGGCAAAAGAACAGGCCUUCUCAACCUAUCGAGGUGUUCGUAACAUGAAGCACCGGACUGAUAAACACUACCAAGAAGGAUUGAGAAAAAGCAGCAGUCUGCAUGAUCUUUCCUCUGAGGAUGCCAAAGAUGUUGGUAUGGGACUGGCAUCAUCCAAGUUCCUUAGUCGCUCUGGCGACAGACUCAAUUAUAUGGCUAAGUCAACUGAGUUCCAGGCAGCCAGUAGAAGUAGGUCACAGCCGUCCAUUUCAGGGAGUUCUCCACAGAGCCAAGGAUCCAAUAAAUAUGAGGAUCUGAUGUACAUGAAGAAAGGCUGGCUUAUCAAACAGGGUUCAUCAGAGAAGGACUGGAAAAAGCAUUGGUUUGUGUUGACUGGGAACUCAUUGCGGUAUUACAAAGAUGCUCAGGCAGAGGAAAGCAAUACUCUAGAUGGCCGUAUUGAUCUCUCCACAUGUUUCGACAUUUCUGAAGUUGACAUUGGUCGUAACUUUGGGUUCAGAAUCAAGUCACGCAAUGGGGAAUAUGUCCUCGCUGCUAUGACAUCUGGAAUUCGAAACAAUUGGUUAAAAGCAAUACGACUUGUAAUGGACCUGCAGACAGGAAAUAAACAAUCUACCUCCUCACUGUUGUCAAACUCUGCUGACUCUUCACCUCGCACAGUGGAUGACCUUGACCUUAGUGCUUCAGCUGACAGUAAUCGAUUAAGUGGGUCAAUGGAUAGUCGGUCAUCAUCUGAAAGUCCCAAGGAAAUUCAUAAACGUGCUACAACUAAAAAUAUGAGACGACAUUAUUCAGACGUUAGUCCGGGAAAUGUGAAAUUUUCUGUAAAGGAUAUCUCUCCUGCUUUGACACGUAUCUCUCAACCACCAACAAUUGUUGGUGUAGUUAGUGGGGGAAACACUCCCCCUGAACCGCCAAAAAAUUCUCUUGUGGAUCAGGGCGAUCAAUUAGAUGGAACAAAUAAAAAAUUACUUAGUAAUGCAAAGUUUUCACCAGAGCCUGCAUUGUCUGUGACACCUGGUGGCAAUGAAACAAUGAGUAGGUAUGUUGAAGGGAGUGACAAUGCAUCACUUCCUUCCACUGUAACACCAGUCUCUGCGGAAGCAGAAGACUUUACCUCUCGUCGGGCAGUUAGUAGUGAGAGUAGGAAAGAGGAGGAUGAGAAAUCAAGAAGGGCAAAAUCACCAAGUGCUCGUGUGAAAGAAAAGUCUCGGAGCAAAGGGGGCAAGAUUCAUACACCACCCCAGCAGAUGUCGGAUGAUGAGUGUUACGGGUUGUCUGCAUCAGCUGACGAGGAAGUAGUCACAUCAUCUGUGGAAGUGAUGGACUUGCAUCAACAUCUUACUGGGGGAUUUUAUGAAGAUAAUAGUUUCACAGCAUCAGAUGACAAUCGUGGUGGAGAUUCUUCUGUUGGUGGGGAUGGUAUGCUAGUACAACUCUUAGAAACAGAGGUAACAACAAUGCGACGUCAGGUGAAAGAAGCCCGAGAUACCAUACAGAAAAACAAAGUAGAAAUUGAGACCCUUCGGUCCAAACUAGAUAUGUCAACAUCUAAACUAACUGGAACAGAAAGGGCUCUAUCAGAAGCUCUUAAAGAACUGAAGAAUGAGAAAGAUAAACUCAUGAAGAUGUCAAAUGACUGGAAUAAAAAGAUACGCAAUUUAGAGGGACAACUUAAAGACACAACUCAUAAAAUGGAACGUCAGCGUGAUAGUUUGAAUGUGAAGGAAAAUGAUUGUAAGAGAUUAGAAUCAGACCUCAAAACUAGUAAUCAGAAGGUACGAGAACACGAACGUGAAAUUCUCAAGUUAAAGGCUGUGGAACAAGAUAACAGACAAAUGAAAGAAAGGAUGGAGGACACAGAAAGAAAAAUGACAACUUUAAAGUUAGAACUCAAAGAGAAAGACAUGCACUGUAAGAAAGUAGAGAGUGAGUAUGAACACCAUAUCACUGAGUUGGAGCAGGAGUUUACUCAGGAGAGGGAUGAUAUGGAGCAACACUUAGAAGACAUGAAGAAAAAGUUUAUGGAGGCCCAGGAACAUUCCAAUGCUGGUAACAUGGCUGCCAUUUUACAGGAAAAGGAUAUCAUCAUUGCCCAGUUGGAAGACAAAAUGAUAGAAAAUGAUAAGAAAUUGAUUGACAUGGCAGAUGAACUACAAUCGGAACUAGAUGAAAGUGUCAUGUUGCAAAAUAAUCUUGAAUCUGUUCAGAAAGACCAUAGUAUGCUGGAGAAGAAACUCAAGGAUCAGGAAAAGAUAUAUUCAAAAAUGUUUUCAGAGAAACAAAAAAAUGAGGAAGAAAAUAGGACUCUUAGCCGCACCAUGGAGGAAUACAAAAAGGAAAGCCGUGAACUGGGAUCUCUUCUAGAUACUGAGAAAAAUGCUGCUGUCAAAUGGCAAAAGGAGAAAAAGGAGUUGCUUAGUAAAAUCCAAAACCUGGAAGGAAAUAUUGAUACACUUCAACAAAAGCUAGACAACAAAGGAUCAAGAAUGUCACAUGACAGCAGCCACUCCGAAGAAGAUCGGAGUAAAGUGUCUGAUAUUCUAGGUAACUUCGUUGUUGUGGAAGCAGAAAUGUCAGAAAUCACAAAAACAAUGAUAGGUCUCCAAAAGAACUGUGCAGAUUUCCUAUCAAAACAGACAGAAAAAACUACUUCUCCUCUGGUUGGUAUGGGGGCUCUGAUGACGGACAUUGUACAUCGCUGUUCUCACUUACAGGACAUUUUACGUGAAGGUUCUUCUGACUUGAGUACACCAAGGUCAACAAGUCAAGGGGAACAUUCUGAAGACUUUAAUGAAAUGAAAGUUAAGUAUGACAAUUUAAUGGUAGAAUCAAACAACUUACGCAGAGAUUUGGAGGAUAUGUCUAGUCAAUCCAAACACCGUAAAGAAUUGGAGUCAAAACUGGCCGACCAGGAUAAGGUGUUCAAGCAGAAAUUACUGGAGAUGACAACUCGUGUUGAUGACCUUACUGGAAUGGUAAAACAUGCUGGUCCAAGUAAGGCAUCCAGUCCUCAAAAACCAAGAAAGCCAGAGGAGGCUUCCAUGGCCCUCUCUGCUGAGAUAGAGGCAGAAUUAGAUUUACUAGAGGACCGCAUAGCUUAUGUUGAUCAGGUGCUACGAACCCCUGAUAUAAGCAUGUCAGGUGAGGAAGAGGAAGAUGAUGAUGAGGAUGAGGAGUCUGACAGUUUCAUGAGUUCAGAUGAUGAAAUGUCAGAUGAAGAAGACGAUGAAGAAGAAGAACCUGUUGGAAACAGUGGAGAAUAUGAAAGUAAGCGACUGAUUGGAAAGUUACGAGCAAUGAGAAAUCAACUACAAAUUACCAACUGUAAGAUUCAGGAUCUAACAGAUGAAAUGACAGAGAAAACAUUCCUCAAACAUGAUUCCUCAGGAGAGGGUGAAGAAGGGUUGAGGCAGACUCUGGUCAAGUGUAGUGACACUGUAGAUUCUCUGACAGGACGCCUGGUUGACAAGGUCAAGGCUGCUAAGAUAGGCGGUGCUAGCUUAGAGGGCAGCUCAGCAGAAAACAUGGUUGCGUUUCAAAAUUGUGUAAAGGAGAUGAGAGAUAAAUUGGUUGAGGUGAAUAGUAUGGUGGCAGAACAUGAAGCACUGGAUGCAAAGUCUUUAAAAAUGGUGCAUGUGAAACUGAUGAACCUAUUAGAGUAUCUGAGUCAUCUUCAAAGAUUCAAACAUCGGGAUUUUGACAUGUUGGGGAGGAUCACACAUCAGGAUCUACAAGCUAAGGCUGUAAUAACACGACGCGAAAGUGGAAUCAGACGGAGUCGUCUCCACUUUGAGGAGAAGGUACAUCUGUAUGCGGAUAGGUUGUCUGUGGAAGCUAUUAUACUGGGACAGAUGGCAUAUUUGGUGCAGCGUUACCAAAUGGGCGAUGUAUAUCGGGAUCUACUUCUGAAGGAGAUUCAGGAUGUAAAUAUGGUUAUCCUAGACUUGGAACGUAAAAUAGAUAAUGCCACAAGGACAAGCAGCGCAUCAGAAAGUGGUGUUGAUGUUGUCUCAUCUUACGCAGCAAUUUUGGCUGAGAAAAUAGUUCUAGAAGGACAGUUGGCAUCAUGUGCAAUGGCAGCAGAUAAUCAAACGACUGAUGACACUGCAGUGUUGUCUGCUCUUCAGAUCACGGAAAACCCAUCAAUCCUUGCUAUGGAGGUGUUCUUAAGGUGUCAGGUUGAUACAUCAGUUCAUCAAAAACUCAAUCAGGCAACAGAACAUAUGGAUUCUGUCACUGGUCAUAUCAUCACUAGGUCAUUGGUGCAGGGUGAGAUAUCUCAUGCCUUAGCGAAGAUGAAAUCACAGUUCUCUUUGAAAGAUGGUGUACGCGACAUAACAGACCUUCUCCGCCAGGAGAGGAAAUUCUCACAUGAACAAUUGCUAGCUAAGUGUGAGACCAUGUGUAACUCAGUGGAUGUGUACCAGGCACUGGUAGUGUCCUCACUGCGAUGUCAGGCGUGCCUGGCACAGACACCAAGUAUUGCUGAGAGUUUAUAUACAAAAAUGUCACAAUCAUUCCAAAAACGCAUAGAAGAAUUCCAAGAAAAACGAAGGACAUCAGAAGGUAGAGAGCAGAACAGGUGUCAGCACAUUAUAAAUGUACUGGAAAUAGAACUAGAGUCUAGUGUUAGAAAUUUAAGAGAAUUAUUAGGGUCAGGUUUAACGGAAAAAGACGAUACAGUACAAGAUAUGACAGUUGGAUCUUUAGAAUCCUCAGUGUUACAACUAGCGGACAUUCUUGUACAUAGAGCAACAAUCAAAGGUACAGUAGGAUAUAUUACAGACAUGGUUAGCUCAGGAAACUUUCCAGAACUUCCUGACACUGCCACAUUCUCAUCAGAACAUGUACUCAUAGGUGAUCAGAAUGAGGCCAUGCAGGUGCUUGCAAGAUCUCUUUCAAAUGAAGCAACAAACAAGCAAUCUUUGGCAGCUGAGUUGAAAAAAUUCAAUCCAGAAAAUGCUUCAAGUUCUGAAGAAUGUUCUCGGAUAGUAGACAUUUUAGGGAUUGUCCCUGACAGUGAACUAGGAAAUAACCUCGGAACAUAUGGUGAGAACCUGUUACGGGAAGCUCUUCACCAAGCUCAGCUUACUUACAUGUCCUACAAGAUGAAGUUACAGCAUGAGAGAAACAUGCGCGAGAUGAAGAUGAAAAUUGAAGCUGGUCAGAAAGUAGACCUUCCUUCCGAUUCCAGCAGAGAAGCGGAAGGUGACAUUCAUGCUUCCUUGUCAGUGUUUGAAGAAAUCUUAGAAACAAAGUUUGAGGAUGAGUGUGAAGUGCUAACAAUACUGGACAAGGAAAUCAAACAGUUACAGUCUGUAUCAACAGAUACCACAGAAAAGGGAUAUAGUCAACAACUCAGCAACCUUAUCUCUACAUUUGAAAAUGAACUGGCUGUCUCCCAGGAACGACAUGAUAUACAUGUGGAUGUUUUACGUCAAGAAGUCAGCAAUAUUGUGAUGCGCCUUGAGAAAAUGACAGAUGACUAUGAGAAGGAGAAGGAGGUACUGGUGUCAGAGUAUGAGAGUAAAGUCGGAAGUCUCCAGGAGGAACUGGAAACAAUUCAGGUGGACCAUGAGGAGGAACUAGAGCAGGUGCGCCAGGACAUCAUGACUGCUGUCAGUGCAAUCCGUGCCAAUGAGGAAGAGGUGGAUGGUCAAGUAGCUGACCAGGUCAAAGGAAAAGGGUUCAACCGGCAAAUGAUCUCUCAGAAGGAUAACUUCAGUGUAUUGCUGACGGAACUUCAUGAGAAGCUUGCCAACUCAAACCUCAGUCCUUCUCUGUCCACUCAAGUGUUGGAUCUUGUUAGUCAACUCCAGGAGUCUCUCAACAGUGACACUUUACAGGAGUUUGAGGAUCCCCUGUCCCCCCUGCCUGUGUCCUCGCCCCCUCCAUUGCCUGUUCCGCCACGGAAGUCUGAGUCUCUCAGCGAUGUCCCUGCCAUGGACACGCUCAACAUGACAGAUGAUUCAUUCCAUACUCUGGAUAGAUCUCAGCAUGAUUACGAACUGGAACUACUAAAGCGAGAGAAAGAGGAAGCUUUAGCAGAAGAAGUCAAAACAACUAAAGCAGCUCUGGAUGCGAUGAGAAAGGCUUAUGAAGAUGACCUUGAGGAGGAGAAAGAGAGAUACAGAAUUGCUCUCAAGACCAUGUAUAAUGAUGACUACAUCCAGGAUAUACGUCGACAACAAGAUGAAGAACUGGAGAGAGUGAAGGAGGAGCUGAAGAUUGUGACCAUGUCCUAUGACAGUAAAUGUGAAGACUUCAACAUAAUGGAGGAGAAACUUAACAGUGUGAAGACAGAAUAUGAGUCUCAUAUACAACAUCUGGUCAAAAGUAAUCAACACCUGAAUGAGCUUGUAAAUGAGGAGAUUGGUAAACUGAAGGAUUUCGUAGAAAACAGGUCAAUGGGACGUAUUCCAGGUAACGCUACUCUGGAGGAAGAGCUUUAUGAUGCACAGAUCAUGGUACGAAUGAAGGACGCUGAGCUGCAGAAACUAAGGUCACAGGUGAAGAAUUUGGAGAACAAUCUAGAGAGAGUGACAGAGGAGCAGAGGAACAGCAUGACUCAGUACUUACAAAUGUACAAGAAGGUACAGGAACUGCAGGCCAAGAAUAAAAAUAAAAAACAGGAAGAACAAGACCAUGAUUCUCGAGCCACAAAUCGCUCCCUCCGCCGAACGCCCUCCUUCCAUCAUCGAGCAAGGAGUCCAAGUCCACAGACAUCUGGCAAGAAGGAGGAACAUCACAGUCGUGAUUCACACCGCCGGCGCCAUCUGGACGCACGUGAUCUGAAGAGAUCCAAGAGUAGUCCAACCAUUCCCUUCGUAUUUGGGGGUAGACUGCCCUCAACUAGUAGUCUUGGUAAAUCGUCAAGCUUCAAAUCUGCCAAGGCUAUGAAGGCAUCAAAAUAACUUCACAGACUGCAGAAUAUGUUUACCAAGCUUUUUGAAGCGCCAAAAUAAUACCAGACUCUACAACAGAUUUCAGACAAGCCUUAAGGCAUUAAAAUAAUACCACAGACUCUACAACAGAUUUCAACCAAGCCUAUAGGCAGCAAAGUAACACCAGACUCAACAACAGAUUUCAACCAAGCCUAUAGGCAUCAAAAUAACACCAGACUCUACAACAGAUUACACCAAGCCUAUAGGCAUCAAAGUAACACCAGACUCAACGACAGAUUUCAACCAUGCCUAUAGGCAUCAAAAUAACACUAGACUCAACAACAGAUUACACCAAGCCUAUAGGCAUCAAAGUAACACCAGACUCAACGACAGAUUUCAACCAAGCCUAUAGGCAUCAAAGUAACACUAGACUCAACAACAGAUUACACCAAGCCUAUAGGCAUCAAAAUAACACCAGACUCUACAACAGAUUACACCAAGCCUAUAGGCAUCAAAAUAACACCAGACUCUACAACAGAUUACACCAAGCCUAUAGGCAUCAAAGUAACACCAGGCUCAACGACAGAUUUCAACCAUGCCUAUAGGCAUCAAAAUAACACCAGACUCUACAACAGAUUUCAACCAAGCCUAUAGGCAUCAAAGUAACACCAGGCUCAACGACAGAUUUCAACCAUGCCUAUAGGCAUCAAAAUAACACCAGACUCUACAACAGAUUUCAACCAAGCCUAUAGGCAUCAAAGUAACACUAGACUCAACAACAGAUUUCAACCAUGCCUAUAGAAACCUUCAAUGGUAAACCUAUGAUAUGGAGAACCUUAUACUGUAUAACUGUUAAAAUAGAACAGAAAGUGAACAGGAGAUUGUAUUGUUCACAUGUUGAUUAUUAAAUCUACAGAGUUUAAUAUAGACCAGGAGACUACCGGUAUGUGAUAUUAACCACACAACAGUAGCUAAACUAUAUGUCUUUCAGUUAAAGAUUUGAUGUGAACAGAUAUAGAGGUAUAUUGCAUUAAACUGGAACUGUUUUAAAUAGACACAGAAAUAUCACUUGUAUAGAAUAUAAUUGUUGAAAAUUUUGGUUUUUCUCCAAAAUUUUAAAAAGCAAUGGAUGAUAUUUAUAGGACAUUUUGAAUACAACAAUGCCUCAUUAAAUGCAAUAGGGCAAUGUUACUAGGUAGAUAGGGUAUUAUAUAUAAUUAUUUAGCAAUUUUUUUUGUGAUGUCUACAUGACUGUACAACAAUGAUAUUAUUUAUAAAGUAAGAGGUAUGAAGGCUGAAUUUUAUAAAUACAUGUAUUGCCAUCUUAUCCAGUCACAUGACUGGAAAUAACACUGCAGGUAUUAAUUUAAAUGCCUUUUUUAAAACUAUAUUUCUUCAAUGUCUUGAUAUCCAGUUUAAGGAAAUAUUAUCAUGACUGCUGGCUUUUUUGUUUUGUCUUUUUUUUUGUAAAAUUUUACAAACAAAUGACACUUUUUCAACCUUAAAUUGUCAUUACAGGUCUGCCAUUUACUAUAAUACAAUGUUGUAAGGCCGUCAGACACAUGUAUAAUCCAUUAUAUCUACUGGAAUCAAACAGGAAAAGAUUCCUGUGGACUAAAGUGAUUUUGAUUCUGUAGCUGUAAAUGUGGACUCCUGAAUCAUAAUUAGGGUGCCUUGUCCUUUUAAUGCUUUGUUUUUAGCUUGUCAUUGUAAAAAAAUUCAUCUCAACUUUCAUCGUUAUUACUGCUUUAUCUUACAUUGAACCCAGACUGCCAAAUUUAAAUGUUUUAUUGUUAAUUUCAAAAUAUUUUAUUUUCAAACUUUAUGAUUUUAAUCACAAAAUGCUUCCAGAUUUUAAAAGUUUUACAAGGUGAGAUCACUGUUGUGUGACUGAGUGUAGGUAUAGAAGAUUUGACACAGACUUAGUGUGCUUGUAUUAAUCUGUGAUAAUGAACUGUUCUUGUAUGGAUUUUAUUACAUAAUCAAUUAUUUCAAUUCUUGCCAGAAAAACAAAUAUUCUCAGCAAGAUUUCUCCCGUUGUUGAACCAAACCUGAGAAUUACACUGUGUUAUUAGAUACACAACAUUUAUAACUAAAUUUGCACCCAAGUGUAUUCAGGUAAGCAUUCAUUUACCUGUAAACAAACAUGUCUCGAGUAAAUGUAUCAAUACAUAUCUGAUAACAACAUCUCGUAGAAAUAUCCGAAUAAGCUACAGAAAUGUGUUACUGCUCUUGAAGGUAACUCUCAAAAACAAUUUAUGUUUGCAUAGAUCCAUGGAUUAAAAUAUUCAACAAUUUUAAUUUUUAAAUCUCAUUGUUAUGAAUCUAAUGCAACAUUUUAUUUCAAUAAUGCAGAGUACUUACUUAUAAAAGUACUCAACAUUUUAUUGGUAGUUAGAAUGAUAUAUAAAUGAACUCUUAACAAUCUAUAUCAUAAAGUUGUGUAAUGUUUAUUCAAUAAAGUUAACCAAAGAAAUGUAUUAAUAUAAACAUAUAUAUGAACUUGAGGAGAAUCAAAAUAUUUAUAUCCAAGUAGAUAGUUUAUUUAAUAUCCUGGAAUCUCUGGAGAGUAAUGUUGCUUGCAUUGCCACAUUACGUAAAUUCUGUCAAUUACUGCCUAGACCAGAAUGCUGUCACUUGCUGUCAAUAUGGUAUCUAGUGUUAGAUAUUCUGAUAAGUCCUUGCUUUAUUGAUUUUAAUACUAUUUUGUUGUCCCAGUUUUCCCUUAUGAGAUUGUUUUAGCUGGGCUGUAUUUAAUAAUGGAAACAAUGAAUGUGAAACAAACUAGCUUACAUUCAGCUUAUUGUUUAUAUUGAAGUUUUCCUCUGUAGCUCUACAACAUUCAGAUACUGGUUUUCAGUACUUUUCAACAUAAUUUGCAUUUCCAGUUGUACCAUUCAGAAAAAAUCUUUCCAUAUUUCUAGCUAAAACAAGAGAGAUUUUCAAUAGAAUUUAUUGUUCCUUCAAAAAUGAACAAGUGAAGCUCAAAAAUUUUCCCAAUUUAUAAGUAUUAACCUUUUACGGAGUUUUAAUAACUGGAUGCUAUCCUGUGUAAGAGAUACCUAGUAUGUUUGUUUGUGUGUGCAUGUUUUUUGUUUUGUUUUAAUGAUACAAGCGCUCUGCCUACCCUUGUAUAUAUACAAUCUUCCCUACAGUGCAUAUAGUUUCCAAUGAUUUUGUUUCACAAUUUUAAUAAUGAAAUUUUACAUGAAGCAAUUUAUGAACUGACCGAUACCAUUUUUACAACACCAGGCCUUUUAAAUGUUGCCUUGUCU